CGAUUUCAUCCUUCCAAUUUCUUCUUCACUCCUCAUUCUCAUCUAACAAUCUUCCCUUUCUUCUCCGAAGAGUCGCUGGCACCACCACCACCAUCGUCCCUCGUGCCCAGCUCGUGCCCGCCACCACCGCCGUCACUCCUCACUUUCUUCAAACACUGAUGUUGCUUUGGGGUUUUUUGCUUUGGGGUUGUCGACGAAAAGAAUGAUUCUUGUUGCAGAUCCGUUUUCUAUGGCACCCCAAAAAGCACUUGAAAGUAUUGGAAAAACAUUGAGUGUACAGUAUGAGAGGUGGCAACCCAGGGCCCGUUAUAAAGUUCAGCUGGAUCCCACUGUGGAAGAGGUAAAAAAGCUUUGUAGUACAUGUCGCAAGUAUGCAAAGACUGAACGGGUUCUCUUCCAUUAUAACGGACAUGGUGUUCCAAAGCCAACAGCUAGUGGUGAAAUUUGGCUUUUUAACAAGAGUUAUACCCAGUAUAUCCCCUUACCUAUUAGUGAUCUGGAUUCAUGGUUGAAGACACCUUCCAUUUACGUGUUCGACUGUUCUGCUGCUGGGAUGAUAGUCAAUGCCUUCACUGAGCUUCACGAUCCCUCUGGAUCAACGAGGGACUGCAUUUUGCUUGCAGCAUGUGAAUAACAUGAAACUCUUCCCCAAAGAGCUGAAUUUCCUGCAGAUGUUUUUACCUCUUGCCUUACAACACCAAUCAAGAUGGCCUUGAGAUGGUUAUUCGAGCUCGGUUGCUACAGUUCAGGAAGAGGAAUGUCAAGCCCUUGCUGCAUUUGGUGCCUGUUUCCAAUAUUAAUAAUUGUUUGAAGAAGCAUUUUCGAGACCUUUAAAAUGUCGUGAUCUUUGAAUUUAUAUAAUUCUGUUUGGUUGCAGUUAAUUUUACAAGCGUGUUUUCAUUGUUGGUGGAAUCAGACUUGAAUAAUAUGGGAUUUAUGUGCUUUAAGAUAUGAAUGGGAUUUAUUGUUGCUUUAAGAUA